AUGGCUAUUACUUUCUCGAAUCUGGGCAUUCAAUGUGUGAAAAAGAAAAAGAAGAACAUCGAAGAGUCUCUCAGAGUGCGUCAGGAGUUACGAGUGGAUCCCUUUGAAACUGGUUUCGAACACAUAAGGCACCCGAAACAAAUAGAUCUCAACAUUGUGAGAUUAUGUUUUCAAGUUUUCUUGGAAGGGGACAAGCCGUUACAGCCUAUCGUGUCGGACCCUAUUUAUAAUAAAA